UUCUCCUGGUUUCCAUCUGCUGCCUUUUAUGGUAAAACAGUAGAGGGGGAUUUGGUGUAGUAGUGAAGGCCGGGCCGGACGAGGGCUCAGUUAGACGCACUCGCAACCAGUUAGCAGGGGGCUGAGGAGCCAGGACAGAGCGCGUGAGGGACACCGGGGACCCCUGAGGAGGUGGCACUCAGCAUCACAGGGCUCAUGGGAACAGACAGCCUUGACGGGUCCACAGCUCAGACAGCCGCGUGAGUAGAUGGCAUUCUGUUAUUUAGAGCAGAAGUAAAGAUGACAGAGCGUUACGACUGCCACUACUGCAAGGAGUCUCUGUUUGGGAAGAAGUAUGUUCUUCGUGAGGAAAACCCUUACUGCGUGAAGUGUUACGAGAGCCUGUACUCCAACACCUGCGAGGAGUGCAAGAAACCCAUCGGCUGCAACAGCAGGGAUCUGUCCUACAAGGACCGUCACUGGCACGAGGACUGUUUCCACUGCUUCCAGUGCAAGCGCUCGCUGGUAGACAAGCCUUUCUCCACCAAAGACGAGCAGCUGCUGUGCACCGAGUGCUACUCGAACGAGUACUCCUCCAAAUGCCAUGAGUGCAAGAAGACCAUCAUGCCUGGCUCCAGGAAGAUGGAGCAUAAAGGAAACAGCUGGCACGAGACUUGCUUUACCUGCCAGCGCUGCCAGCAGCCAAUUGGCACCAAGAGCUUCAUCCCCAAAGACAACCAUAACUACUGCGUGCCCUGCUAUGAAAAGCAGUUCGCCAUGCAGUGUGUUCACUGCAAGAAGCCCAUUACCACCGGCGGUGUGACGUAUCACGACCAGCCGUGGCACAAGGACUGUUUCCUGUGCACUGGCUGUAAGCAGCAGCUGUCUGGUCAGCGCUUCACCUCUCGGGAUGACUUCGCCUACUGCCUGAACUGCUUCUGCAACUUGUACGCCAAGAAAUGCGCCUCCUGCACCACCCCCAUCAGUGGACUCGGAGGAAGCAAGUACAUCUCCUUUGAGGAGCGCCAGUGGCACAACGACUGCUUCAACUGCAAGAGGUGCUCAGUGUCUCUGGUGGGCAGAGGUUUCCUCACCGAGAGAGAUGACAUCCUGUGUCCUGAGUGUGGCAAAGACAUGUGAAAGCGCGCAAGAAACAAUUCCAGCAUGCAUGACAGAUCAAAAUGUUAAAACCAGCUCAUUGGAAAAGCAUGAAACGGUGUGAGCAAUGAAUACAUUUAGGUACUCCAUAGAAACGUAGUAAAAAUUGUUGUAGCAGAGAUUAUAAUAGCGUAUGUAUAGCAAAAGGCAGAGCGUCUUUAUUUCAGCUUGAAGAGGAAAGAACCGGUUCUAAAGAUCAAACUUUAAAUGUGAGGAUAAUAACCUUUGUUCUCUCUUUCAAAUGACUAACCGGCUCUCUGAAGUGUUGCAUAAUCCAUGUCUUAACUUGGGGCUUUUUGUGUAUCUAACAGUUACGGAUGAAUACUAAAUAAAUACAGUUAAUGCAAUACCAAUAAAGCUUAUUAAAACAA